CUGUUUUCUGUUUACAAAUUGAUUGUUUUUCAAUUUUAAGUUGAGAUUAAUGAUUUCAAAUGAUUUCAUUUUGAGAAAUUGAUUGGAUUUUACUUUGGAUUAUUGUUACGUUAUUGUCAUCUUAUUAAUCAUGUUCUCAAGUGUAAGAUAUUUGUCUAAUGUUUCAAGUCGUUUACCGGCAACAUUUGACAUCGCAAUUGUUGGUGGAGGAACUGCUGGUAUGAAUUUAGCCUGGAAAAUGGGCCGUUACCAUAAGAAAUUAAACAUCGCCUUAAUUGAACCUUCGUCGUUCCAUUAUUAUCAGCCAAUGUGGACUCUUGUUGGUGCUGGAAUUAAGAGAAUUGAGUCUUCUCGUAGUUCAAUGGACGAUUUGACCAGAAAUCUACGAAUCGUCAAAUUAAAAGAUAGAGCAGUUCAAUUUAUAUGUCACGUUUGUUUUUGUGACGGUUUUAAAUAUGGCAAAUUAAAGUUUAAUGGUAAUAAUUUUAUAAAAUGUUUAGAAGGGUACACAAGUUAAUAAUUGAUUUAUAAU